AACAGCUGACGUCUGUCACCGGAAUCGCUCCUACUAGCUAGCUGGUUGAAUGAGUUGCUCGCUCGAGCCGUAGUAUUCUGAAACAGACAUGGAAUGUUGACGUUUGCUGUGUUUAAAACGAAAAGAAAAAUCAAGUAAUUCAUAUACGAAGAUCCAAGUUAAUAUUUGCGUUGUGAGCCUGAUAAAAUGAUGCGUUUCAUGUUGCUGUUCAGUCGGCAGGGGAAGCUGCGUCUCCAGAAGUGGUACACGGCCACGGCCGAGAGGGACAAGAAGAAGAUGGUGAGGGAGCUCAUGCAGGUGGUGCUGGCCCGCAAGCCCAAGAUGUGCAGCUUCCUGGAGUGGAGGGACCUCAAGAUUGUCUACAAGAGGUAUGCCAGUCUGUAUUUUUGCUGUGCGGUGGAGGAGCAGGACAACGAACUCAUCACUCUAGAGGUCAUCCACCGCUUCGUAGAGCUGCUGGAUAAGUACUUCGGCAGCGUAUGUGAGCUGGAUAUCAUCUUUAACUUUGAGAAGGCCUACUUUAUACUGGAUGAGUUUCUGAUGGGGGGGGAGAUCCAAGACACGUCCAAGAAGAGUGUUCUCAAGGCCAUCGAACAGGCCGACCUACUACAGGAGGAGGACGAGUCUCCGAGAAGUGUUCUAGAGGAGAUGGGUCUGGCGUAGUGACAGCAGGGUACUGAUCGCAGCACUUUUUAAUCAGGCAACAGACAGACGAAGAGACGGAGGACUUUGGGUUCCAUGUGCAACAGGGUGGAGGAAAGGGGGUUUGAUGUGGAGGGGGUUUUGGGGGAGGCUGGGAAGGGGGUAAGGGCUGGGGUGGAAUCUGUUAUCUAAGGUGUGUCUCAAGUGGCACCCUAUUCCCUACAUAGUACUCUAGGGCACUGGCCAAAAGAAGUGCACCUUUUUUUAAGUAAAAAUAGGGUGUCAAUUGAAAUUCACACAUUGACGUUCGGGUACUGAAUUCCAGACAUUGCUGACAUUGUUGUGUAUUAUGAUGAUGAUGAUCCACACCCUAUUUAUAUUAGCUCUGUGAAAAUGGUGCCACUUUUGGCCGAAGGAUUUAGCUACUACUACUGUUGUAUGACCCAGACUUGGGAUCAAAUACAAUCUGAAAUUGUUCAAGUACUUCUAGCGUUUUGCUUUAGCCUGCACGGAGGCCAUUCUAUUGGUUCCGUUCUACCAGGACGCUCAAUCAAGCUCAGUUUGAAGUAUUUGAAAUAGUAUUUGGUCCCCGCUCUGAUUUGACCUUGGAACUUUAUUUUUUUAGCAGGUGAUGAAAUAAAACAAACAUUUUCCCCAACAGAUGACGUUUUAUCAGAUUAGAAUGUGUCCCAAAUUGCACCCUAUUCCCUAUAUAGUGCACUACUUUUGACCAGGACCCAUAGUGCGUUAACUUUCACCAGAGCCUUAUGUAGGGAAUAGGGUGCAAUUUGAAGGGGACAGGGAUUUGCUUUUAAAUUAAUGGUCGUCCAAUAUUUUGUAUAUGUACCACACGUUAUGAGAAUAAUAUAAUACGUUUGCUGUUUUUAAGGGACCACAUUGAUUGUCUGCAUUGGUGAGUUCUGUUGAACCCGUAGGAUAUGUUGUAGGGGUACAAACAAAGAACACAUUCUUGCCCUUCCCAUUUAUGUCAAUCUGAAGAAUGAUUCUUUCCAAGUUCUGGUUCCAUCCAGAAUUCCAUAGAAUUUAGAAUUCUAUUUCUGUGUUCUAUUCUGCAACUGUUUUUCUCUCUCUCUCGAUUUCCUCCAUCUCUCAACCCCCUCGCUCUCUCUCGCGUAUCGAGCAAGUAUGUUUGAGGGGAAGUUUGAUGUGAUCUUUUAGCCUGUGUGUGGCUGUGCUAGCAUGAAUGUGUUUUAUGUGGAAAGGGCUCAAUGUCAUAGUAUGCAAUGUAGUGAUGAUGAUUCAGAUGAGACUAACCCAGGGCACAAAAAUAUAGGCAGAGAGGGAGAGUUGUUUUUGAGCAGCAGCGUAGAACAAAAGGCAAACCAACUACUUUGACAUACACGUGACUUUUUAAAUAAUGGACCUAGCUACCUACCAUUCCUAUAACAUCACACACAUUAAAUGUAGUACAUUUUAUGCCGAUCAAAUACCCACUUUCCAAAGAGUAAUAAUGUUUGUGUCUGCAACAAGAGGGAAUAGACCAAUAGGAAUAAAGUGCAACUAGAAGAGAGUUUGGCUUCAGACUGUAGACAUGCAUUCUUAUUACCUGACUUUAGCUUUUUGAUUUAAAUAAGAUACGUUCCAACAUUUAUACUAGUGUACUACUUGCUAGUGUGCAUUCCCAAUACAUUGCUUCACUCCAAUUAGUAUCAAAACAUAGGCUACAUUCCGAUAUCCACACUAGCAAACCACUUAGGGUGCCAUUUGGGACACCAGCUAUUUAGUGCAGUUCUUUUGACCAGAGGCCCUAAAUAUGGAACAGGGUGCCGUUUGGGAUGAAGCCUUUGGAUGCAUGCCCAAUAUAUUGCUCCAUUCAAAGUGGUAUACUAGCAUGGUCAAUGGGACAGAACUAUUGCUUCAUUAUUAGUAGUGCGCUAGUGUGGAUUAUUGGAACUGCGCCGAUAUUUUGAUUCACGUUUUUUCAGGGACUCCAAAAGGUGUGUGUGUAGGGUUUUAUUCAUUUGGGAUCCAGCAUGAGGGGUGGGUGGCAUGUGAUAAAUGACUAUUGAACUACGGUCCAGUCAUGGCACCCUAUUCCUUUUAUAGUGUGCAAUCUUUGCUUUGACCUGGGUUCUGGUCAAAAGUAAUGCACUAUAAAGAGAGAAGGGUACCAUUUGGGACGCAGACAUAUUAUUAAAGGGAAUCGUGUGAAUGUAAUUUUAUAAUGAAAAUAAAAUGUCAUUAGAAAGGA